CUAACCAAGGAGGAGGUACUUGUGGCCACACCUAGGAGCAGGGGCAAAAGGCCCCGCUUGGUCAGGGCUACGGACCAGACUUGGCCUCUGCCUACAGUGGCCCCCACUCCUCCAGCCUCACCCAGCAUCAUGAGCGGCAGAGUCGGAGACCUGAGCCCCAAGCAGGCAGAGACCCUGGCCAAGUUCAGAGAAAAUGUCCAAGACGUGUUGCCUGCGCUGCCCAACCCAGAUGACUAUUUCCUUCUGCGCUGGCUCCGAGCUCGGAACUUUGACCUGCAGAAAUCAGAGGCCAUGCUCCGCAAGUACAUGGAGUUCCGGAAGACCAUGGACAUCGACCACAUCCUUGAUUGGCAGCCCCCUGAGGUGAUCCAGAAGUACAUGCCUGGGGGACUGUGCGGCUAUGACCGUGACGGCUGCCCUGUGUGGUAUGACAUCAUCGGGCCACUUGACCCCAAGGGCCUGCUCUUCUCGGUCACCAAGCAGGACCUGCUCAAGACCAAGAUGAGGGACUGUGAGCGCAUCUUGCAUGAAUGUGACCUGCAGACAGAGCGGCUGGGGAGGAAAAUUGAGACCAUCGUGAUGAUAUUUGACUGUGAAGGCCUGGGACUAAAGCACUUCUGGAAACCUCUGGUAGAAGUGUACCAGGAGUUCUUUGGCCUCCUUGAAGAGAACUACCCAGAGACCCUGAAGUUUAUGCUCAUUGUGAAAGCCACCAAAUUGUUCCCUGUGGGAUACAACCUCAUGAAGCCCUUCUUGAGUGAGGAUACUCGCAGAAAAAUUAUAGUGUUGGGAAACAACUGGAAAGAAGGUUUGCUAAAACUCAUCAGUCCUGAGGAACUGCCUGCCCAGUUUGGGGGGACCCUGACUGACCCAGAUGGGAACCCCAAAUGUUUAACUAAGAUCAACUAUGGUGGGGAGAUCCCCAAGUCCAUGUACGUGCGGGACCAAGUGAAGACUCAGUAUGAGCACUCGGUGCAGAUCAGCCGUGGCUCGUCGCACCAGGUGGAGUAUGAGAUCCUGUUCCCAGGCUGUGUCCUCAGGUGGCAGUUCUCAUCUGAUGGUGCAGAUAUUGGCUUUGGGGUUUUCCUGAAGACCAAGAUGGGGGAACGGCAGCGGGCUGGGGAGAUGACAGAGGUGCUGCCUAGCCAGCGCUACAAUGCCCACAUGGUACCAGAGGAUGGAAGCCUCACCUGCACAGAAGCUGGAGUCUACGUCCUGCGUUUCGACAACACCUAUAGCUUUGUCCAUGCCAAGAAGGUCAGCUUCACAGUGGAGGUGCUACUCCCGGAUGAGGGCAUGCAGAAAUAUGACGAAGAACUUACCCCUGUCUAGGCAGCUCCCUCACUUUCCAGAGACCCCUGACCUCUGCUUUCCCUAUAUAUAUCCUGAUCUCCCUCCAGAAAUUACUCACUAGUUCUCUUCACUCUGUGACACUAGUGAGUAAACGGUUGCCUUGGGGAAGACUCAUAUGUUGUGGUAAGAUUAGGAAAGGUAUGAAAGGAGUGGCCUUGGAGGAUGCCAAGAUUGCAGAAAAGGAAGAAGCCAAAGGUAAAAGCAAGAGGUAGAUGUCCCUGAAACCCAAAAACUAGGAGGAUGAAUCUCCUAGUCUUUGUCUUCACUUCUCCUAAGGCAUUUAUGUGUUGCUUGAAUUCCUUCCCUAUGAGUUGUAAGCAUCUUGGCUUGGAGAUGUAUCUACAUUCUUUUUUUCUUCUCCACCUUACAUAGUAUCUGCUCAGUGUAUACUUGCAAGGUUGAAUGGAGGUAAGGUGCAAGUGAUUCAUGGGUGUGCAAGACAAGAAGGCGUCUACCAGGGCAUAUUUCAGCACCUUGGACAGGGAAAGGGCCCUGGAGGUGAUGGACUCUCCUGGAAACCCAGGUGAUCCAGCCCCCACAUUUCUGGCAGUGGCUGCCCCUUUGGGUAGGUAGGAACUGCCUACAGAAGGUUUUGUCUGACUCAGGGCACACAGCUUUCCCAACCCAUCACUCCUACCCUCACCACCUUCCCCAGGAACUCACAACUUAUGUUUUAAGCAAUUAAAAGCACUUUCCUAGAAACAAAGGAUGUCACAUCUGGCUUGAGCUGCUGCCUGGCAAUAAUAAAAAAUCAUAGCUAUCA